ACUAGCCAGUUCCCUCCAGCAGCAGAGAGCUUCAUUUUCUGAUCUGCUUUUGUGCUAAAAUGGAGGCUGGCCUCUCGCCCUGAGUUGAUCGCCUUCCUGGUUGAGGUUUAGAUGUUGACAUGCAAUAAAUCUGGAGACAGGAUGGUUGUUGAUGCACCUAACUCCAAUGGGCCUUUCCAGCCGGUGGCUCUUAUGCACUUCAGAGAUGUGGCCCCGGCAGAGCAGGAGAAGCUCUUCAUCCAGAAGCUACGACAGUGCUGUGUCCUUUUCGACUUCCUGUCCGACCCGCUGAGCGACCUGAAAUGGAAGGAAGUGAAGCGGGCGGCGCUGAGCGAGAUGGUGGAGUACAUCACCCACAACAGGAAUGUCAUCACAGAGCCCAUCUACCCGGAGGUGGUGCACAUGUUUGCAGUGAACAUGUUCAGGACAUUGCCUCCAUCGUCCAACCCCACUGGAGCGGAGUUUGAUCCAGAGGAGGAUGAGCCCACGCUUGAAGCUGCAUGGCCACACCUCCAGCUCGUCUACGAAUUUUUCCUUAGGUUUUUAGAAUCGCCCGACUUUCAGCCCAACAUAGCGAAGAAAUACAUCGACCAGAAAUUUGUUAUGCAGCUCCUAGAUCUAUUUGACAGUGAAGAUCCCAGAGAGAGAGACUUCCUAAAAACCACCCUCCACAGGAUCUAUGGAAAGUUCCUUGGGCUCCGAGCAUACAUCAGAAAACAGAUUAAUAACAUUUUCUAUAGGUUUAUCUAUGAGACAGAGCACCAUAAUGGUAUAGCAGAACUACUGGAAAUACUUGGAAGCAUAAUCAAUGGAUUUGCCUUACCACUCAAAGAAGAGCACAAGAUUUUCCUGUUGAAGGUUUUAUUGCCUCUGCACAAAGUCAAAUCACUCAGUGUCUACCAUCCACAGCUGGCCUACUGUGUGGUGCAGUUUUUAGAAAAGGACAGCACUCUAACCGAGCCGGUGGUAAUGGCUCUUCUAAAGUACUGGCCAAAGACUCACAGUCCCAAGGAAGUGAUGUUCCUCAACGAGCUGGAGGAGAUCCUGGAUGUGAUCGAGCCCUCUGAGUUUGUCAAAGUACAGGAGCCUCUUUUCAGACAGUUGGCCAAAUGUGUGUCCAGCCCGCACUUCCAGGUGGCGGAGAGAGCCUUGUACUACUGGAACAACGAGUACAUCAUGAGUCUGAUCAGUGACAACGCAGCCAAGAUUCUGCCUAUCAUGUUCCCUGCUCUGUACCGCAACUCUAAGACCCACUGGAACAAGACCAUCCACGGCCUCAUCUACAACGCUCUGAAGCUCUUCAUGGAGAUGAAUCAGAAGCUCUUUGAUGAUUGCACACAGCAGUUCAGGGCGGAGAAAAACAAAGAGAAGGCAAAGUCAAAAGAACGUGAAGAGGCUUGGAUCAAAAUCGAGAACCUUGCCAAGUCAAAUCCACAGUUCUCUAUGUAUGUUGAUUCCUCUGACCUCAAUAGUCCUGUAGCAAUGGAGACGGAUAUCCCUUUGAUAGAAGAUGUUCAGAGGUUAAAAAAGACAGUUGAGGAGGGCGCGACUCAGUUGCAGCAUGACCAUCGGAAAGAGCGGCCUAUGGUGCGACGCAAAUCUGAGUUGCCUCAGGAUAUCUACACCACAAAAGCCUUGGAGUCCCACCGCAGAGCUGAAGACAUGUUGACCACCCACGAUGGACUCUAGUUAUCCUGUUACCUGCCGGCUCUUUUGGUUCAACUGCCCCCCUUUUACCCUCAGUAGAGACACGGACAUCCUCUCCGCCCAGUUGCCAGAAUUAUUGGUUAACCACGCUGGGCUCUCCAUCCAUCCUCCUCAACAUCAAUUUACCCACAAUCCUCGGCUCUCCUUCAUUCCUGCUGCCCCAGUGCAGACGCCCUGAAUCCCCCCCCCCGUCCCUCUGAUUUCUGCUUUCUCAGGUUUUAUUUGUCUUUAUUUGGAGACGAGCGGGAGUGUGUUUGUGUGUCUCUUAGCCCUUGCCACGUUCAGUGUGUUCUCUAGUUAUCCCCCCUAUCAGUUCCGUUCUUUUCUCCCUCCAGCCGCCCCCCCACCCCCCCCCCCCCCCCCUCUCUGCACUCACUGUAAAUGUGGAACCUAGGAGAAACGGGCGUCACAAAGCUGGUUCCUUCAUUCCUUCCUGGAAACGUGUUCACAAUGGAUUGGACAUGGAAACAUAGGAACUGACUGACUCACUGUCUAAGGAUCAUCUCUCGGUCUCUGCUUGGUUUUCUUUUCUGUUUAAGGGAUCAAGAACAGAACCGGUUGGUGAAAGGUGAAAGAUGAAAGACGAGACUUUCCUGUCAAUCUGUCGUAUGUUUUUUUUUUUUUUUGUUGUUGCUCAAACUAACGGACAUCUUGUCAGUGCCAAGACCGUUGUGUUCUUUGCGUUUGUUUGUGUCAUGUUUCUACGUGUGACUUUAACAGGGACACUUGCCUUUGUUUUUUCACUGGUGUUUAAGGGUUUUUAAAAAUUUUAGUUUAGAGUACGCCAGACCAAACUGAGGCCUGUCCUCAGCCUUGCAAAUGUCCAGGAAAGAUGGCGAGGAAAGAAGACGUUGUCCUGUGGACAUCCAACACUUUCCAUUUUAUUGUUUUUGUGCCAUAUGCCGCUCUUUUGAUAUGCUUGCUUCCCUAUGUUCAUUGGCAAUAUUUGACAACCCAGACCAUAGUGAUGUGUAUACAGUUCAAACAAUGGUACUAACUGAUGUUCAGUUCAGUGGAUUAUGAUGAACAUGAUUGAAAGCUGCAUGUCUUUGCUACCUUUAGUAGCAUUAGCUGAUGCUUGGAUGUAGCAAGGAGAACCUUCAGUUGCACAAAAACAACCGAAUAUAAAAGACGAGAGAGAGAGUGGUGUAGGAUUUUAUAUAAACUGUCCAAUGAAUAGGAAUGAUUGUCUUUAUAAAGGAAAUAUAAUCAGAAACUAGAUCAUGUGGAAGAAGAUA